CCCAGUGCACGCUCUAGCUAGGGUAGUGGUUGCGGGUUUCUCUGGUCAUCCAAAAAAAAAAAAAGGCUGUUGGCAUUAAGCUUUGAUUAAUGUAUAUGUUUGGGGUAUUUUAUAUUUAGGGGAGGUUCCAUAUAGAGAAGGAGAAUCUAUUGGAGUUGAUGCUAAUGGGAAGCCUUACAAGCUGAGGUUGUACUCCAUUGCUAGAAGUGCCAUUGGAGACUCCAAAACUGUAUGCUGUUUCCCUUUGUGUCAAAACUCAAAAGGCUUGUCUACACGAAUGACAAAGGCGAAAUCGUUAAAGGAGUUUGCUCAAACUUCUUGUGCCAUGUAGCUUGAGAAACCUGGAGCAGAAGUGAAGAUUACUGGGUCUGUUGGCAAGGAAAUAAUGCUGAUGCCCAAGGAUCCCAAUGCCACUAUCAUAAUGCUUGCUACUGGAACUGGGAUUGCCCCUUUCCGCAGUUUCUUGUGGAAAAUGUUCUUCGAGAAGCAUGAAGAUUACAAGUUCAAUGGUUUGGCGUGGCUUUUCUUGGACAUUAUGACUUCACUAGCUGCUAAAGAUGGUAUUGGCUGGUUUGAAUACAAGAAGCAGUUGAAGAAAGGCGAGCAAUAAUGUUCUUUUUGGGCUUUCUUGUACAAAACUCCACCCAACUCUUACCUGGAUGGUUUUCUCCGAAUUCAUGUAGAUAGGUAACUUUUUUUUUUUUUUUUUUUUUUUUUGUAAUUUAUUUUCUUUAAAUUUUUUCCCAUUUUCUUCAAUUCUAGAUCUUGAAGGAGCUUCCAUUUUUAUGCGAAUUUUAGUUCUUUAUAAUUAAAAUUUUUGUAUACACUUCUUAAUAAAUAUGAAGUUAUUUGAUUUGUAGACUAAGUGUAUAUUUAUAUGAUAAGUU